AUGAAACUGAAGCUUGAUACCCCCAAAAUCAAGCAGAUGGCACCCGAUGCUGUCGCUUUGGAGGAGUCCAUGCGUCUGAGGCAAGAAUGGCUCUUCGAACUAACAGAACCACGAACGCAGGCGGACAUCAUGAGAUUGGUGAAGAAGCAUGUUCAAGGCGUGCCCUGCGAUCUCUGCAAGCCCUACUCUGGUGCCUCUAGCGACACUUUUCGGGCGAACUUCCUCGGCUGCACCAUACUUGUCCGGUUUCCCAAGUGCGGCAGCCUCGCCAUGUUCCCCGAGGAGGCUGUCCGCAACGAGGCCGCCGUCCUGCGAUACCUCCAAGCCAACACGGGUAUACCCGUCCCCUUUGUCAACUAUCACGGCACCGCGGAGGAAGGGCUCCCUUUCCUCCGCAGCCCGUUCCUUAUCCUUGACUACAUGAUACAUACGGGGUCAUUGGCAGACACGCUCAGACUCGCCACCGAGUCACUCGGGCGGGGGAAGGGGCACGAGGAGGAGCUGGGUAACAAGACGGCGGACCCCAAGGUCGGCUCCGACACGCUCGAGGCUGUGUAUGGGGAGAUGGCCAACGUGUUGCUUCACCUGUCGCGCGCCGCAUUUGAAGCCAUCGGAGCGCUCGAUCAAGUCAACGGCAACGAUGACAACGAGGAAGAAGAAACGUGGGAGGUCCGAUACCGGCCCCUGACGAUGCAGAUGAACCAGCUCACGCACGUCGGGUCGCUCCCUCGUGCGCGCCUGCCCGGUCCCGAGACCACGUUCGCCACGUCGACCGACUACUUCUCGCACCUCGCCGACUUGCACCUCGCGCACCUGCGCUCGCAGCGCAACUCGGCUAUCGACUGCGCCGCCGACUGUCGUCGCAAGUUCGUCGCGCGGCGGCUGUUCCAGCGUCUCGCGUCCGCCGAUCGGCUCGCCGACCCGGCGCUCCGUUACGGCCCGUUCCCGCUGUGGUGCGACGAGCUGGCGCCGCGCCACGCCCUGACCAACGGCGACGGCCGCGUCGCCGCCAUCAUCGAUUGGAAGCACACGUACGCCGCGCCUGCCGAGUUCGCCCACGCGCCGCCCUGGUGGCUGCUGCUCACUGAGCCCGAGGACUGGGCCGGCGGGUUCGAGGCCUGGGAGGACGCCUACGCGCCACGCCUCGAGCUGUUCCUGCGCGUGCUACGCGAGCGCGAGGACGCAGCCUUCGCAGACGGCUGGCUACCUGGUGAAGGAGAGGAGCCGCGUCUCAGCGACCGGAUGAGCGCCAGCUGGGAAACGGGCGGUUUCUGGCUCGCGUAUGCCGCCCGCAAGAGCUUCGCUUUUGACUGGAUCUACUGGCACAAGCUCGAUCAGCGCUUUUUCGGCCCGCUGCCACCAGGCGUAGGCCCCGAGGAUGCCUGGCGCGAGCGCUUGCACAUGCUCGACGAGGCUGACUUUGCCGAGAUGGACGAGCUGGUGCUGGCGAAGCUUGAGGAGAUGAAGACGUGCGAGUUGAAGUGGGAACCCGAGGAGGUGUGGCCGCUAAAUAUCGAGCAGACGGUAGAAGUUGCCUCCAAUGGAGAUACCAGCUGA